AUGAAAACACGACGAAAAUGUACAGAUUGCCGCUUAGCUAAAUGUUUGCUAGUCGGAAUGAGUUCAGAUUUGAUCCGCAAACAGGAACAACAACGAACAAAACAUUCACCAUUAUUUGAUUUGAAUUCAAAAAAUUCUGUAUUAAUUAAACAAGAAACGUUUGCGCCUCAACAGUGGAAGUUGGACUUUUCACGCGAGUCUCGACACGAACUUCUUCACUCCGAACAGAAAUUGCUUUCAAACAUUGCUCACGCAUUCAACACAUACAACGCACUGCCGCAAAUUCGUCGUGUUAUCCAUAGCUUAUCCACAUCCUGUCUUAGUGCACAUUACAAUACAAGGAAUCUCCUCAAAAUUGUCGUUCUUAGUUCAUUGUCAACAAGAUCGAUUCUCAAUUCUACGCCUGAUUUUCGAAUAUUAACUGUAAAUGAACAAUGUUCACUUAUCGAACGUAACUUCAAUGGUAUUACACCUUUGUAUACAAUUGCAGUUCUGCGUGAUUUAGACACCAUUCACAAUUAUCUUUGCAUGAAAAACUUAAUCUCGAUGUAUGGUCUAAGUGUUAUACAACAAGCUGUUCGUUUUUAUCAGCAACUGGAUAACGAUCCAAACAUUGUAAAAGUCAUGCUGAUUAUUCUAGCAUUUUCAUCGAAUUGCUCAAUCAUCGAUAGUAAGAACGGAAAAUAUAAUGAUAGUCUGCUGUGUGGUACACAUCGACUCUUAGGAAGCCAAAAUAGUUAUACGGAGCUUUUAUGGAAAUAUAUGGUUUAUAACUACGGUUAUUAUGUUUCAGCAGUUCGUUUUACUCGUCUAAUGGCAGUGUGUCUUAAUUUAAUCGAGACUUCAGCGAACAUCUACAUGGCAAAUAGGGCUUAUCAAGCCCUAGUCAACGGUAUUAUUGAAAAUACAAAGAAAUUACUGAUUAGCAAUCAAAAUGAACCGAUUUCAUUAUGGGGAAAAGAUUAG